UCGUUUUUUUGUGCUUCGCCGUCGCCACUAAACCCUGAGGCUAACCUUAAACCCUAAUUGAGCGAGCUAUCCUGUUUAAGCUGAGCUUCAGAGAAAGAAAGUGAGCGAAGAAUGAAGUACGAGAAGAAGAAAGGUGGAGGCUUUAAGAGAGGCGGUAAAAGGGGUUCGAGUGAUAGGGAUCCAUUCUUCGAGGAAGAGACAACGAGACGGAGGAAAGUCAGCUACGAUGAUGAGGAUAUCGAUUCUGGUGAUUCUGACGCCGAACAGGACGGAUUUACAGGCGGAGACGAAAAUGGAAAAGUUGAGGAAGCGGAGGAUGAGGAUGAGUUUGCGGAUGAGACGGCGGGUGAGAAGCGGAAGAGAUUAGCCGAGGGGAUGCUGAAACGAAUGAGAGAAGCGCAACGGAGAGAGCGUGAAGAACAGGAUGAUGAUGACGACGAAGAUGAGGAAGAAGAUGAUACAGGUCGUAUUGCGAAGACUUUGAUGAAGAAGCAGCUCGAAGACAGUGGUAGGGUUCGAAGAGUCAUUGCCUCGAGGGUUCAGGAGCCACUGAGUACUGAUGGGUUUCGUGUCGUUGUCAAGCACCGACAAUCUGUUGUAGCGGUUGCUCUCUCUGAUGACGAUUCUAGAGGGUUUUCAGCUUCCAAAGACGGUACUAUUAGGCAUUGGGAUGUAUCUUCUGGAAAGAGUGACAAAUACAAAUGGCCAAGUGAUGAAAUUCUGAAGUCUCAUGGGAUGAAAGUGAGGGAGCCUCGAAAUAAAAAACACAGCAGAGAAACUCUUGCUUUAGCUGUUAGCUCCGAUGGUCGUUAUUUGGCGACUGGAGGUGUUGAUCGCCAUGUUCAUAUAUGGGACGUUCGUACCCGAGAGCAUGUCCAGGCCUUUCCAGGUCACCGGGACACCGUUUCUUGUCUAUGUUUCAGACACGGAACUGCGGAACUCUAUUCUGGUUCAUAUGAUCGAACUGUGAAGGUGUGGAAUGUAGAAGAUAAUGCGUUUGUACAAGAUAAUUUUGGACACCAGGCUGAAAUUCUAGCCGUUGAUGCGCUACGGAAGGAGCGUGCGCUCUCGGUUGCAAGAGAUAGAACCAUGCAAUUAUCUAAGAUUGCUGAGGGAGCACGUAUGAUCUAUCGUGCUCCUGCAUCGUCUCUUGAGAGCUGCUGUUUCGUCAGUGAUGAUGAGUACCUGUCUGGUUCGGAUAAUGGAACUGUUGCAUUAUGGGGCAUGUUAAAAAAGAAACCGAUGUUUCUCCUCAAGAAUGCACAUGUCGUUAUAGAUGAAGAAAAGACCACUGAUGGAAUCUUAGAAAAUGGUGAUCAUAGUUAUGUCAACUAUAACUCUUGCUCAGCAAGUUCUUGGGUGAAUUCAGUUGCUGUUUGUAGAGGUAGUGAUCUUGCUGCAUCUGGAGCUGGUAAUGGUUUUGUGUAUUUGUUGGCUGUUGAAACUGGAAAAAUGGCCAUUCGACCUUUAUUCAAGCUUCCACUGCCUGGAUUUGUGAACUCUUUGGCUUUUGCCAAAUCGGGUAAAUUUCUGAUUGCCGGUGUUGGACAGGAAACGCGAUUUGGAAGAUGGGGCUGCAUAAAGUCUGCGGAAAAUGGUGUCGCAAUACAUCCCAUUAAGCUGGAUUUGGAAGAUAAGGCUGCUUAAAGUCUGCUCAAAAUGGCGUGACAAUACAUCCCUUAAGGCUAUCAUAAUGAUUUAUUUGGGAUUAAAGAAGAGUUGGUACUAAAAUUUUGAGUCGAAAAAUCAAUCUCAAGUUAUAUAGGGACUAUUACAAGUCUUUACGUUUUUGCUCCCUUUUUUGUCUGUUUUAUUGUAUCCAUUUUCAUUCUUUAAUACAAUAGAGAGAAAGAGAGAACUUCUUUAACAUUUUGGGUCUACUGAUGAAUCAAAGAUGAUUAAAAUUCC